AUGACUCUCAACUAUCAUGCACACGGCAAGGAGAUUGAAGCGUCGUAUCGGCGUGCCAGUGAUGACUCAGAUGGCGAUAAAUGGGUGAUUUUCGAUUAUGAAGGAAAUUCGAACACAUUACGAGUCAAAGAAGAAGGAACUGGUGGUCUUGAGGAGUUCGCCGACAGUUUCAGCUCGGGAAAGCUCCAGUUUGGUGUGAUUUCGGUGCGACUGAGCAGUGAUGUCUUCCCGAAAAUCGUUUUGGUGCAUUGGCAAGGCGAAGGAGUCCCCACACUGCGUUUGGCCUCAACGACACCGCACGCUGAAGAGUUCCGUAGAUUCUUGAAAACAGUUCACAUUGUGCUCCAUGCCAGAUCGGAAAUCGACAUCGAGCCGGACGCGAUUCGAAAAGAGGUGCGAAAGCUCCCGGCGGCGAACGCCAACGCCAUCGUCGAAUCCACGUACAGCAUGCCGGAGAAGGUGAAUUCGGUGUACCAGCCGACGAAUGCACACUCGGAGCUCAGCUCGGAGGCUCGCGAGAACUUCUGGAGCACAACAAAUCAAGAGGAGAAGAGACGACAAGCCGACGAGAAAGUGGCUCAUGCGAAACAGCAAAAGCAGUAUGAAGCUGACCGUGAUCGCACGGCCGCGGCAAUUCACACAAAAGCCGAAGAUUUCCAGCCGGAGAAGGUUAACUCGGUGUACAAGCCGACGAAGCCCCACGUUGAGCUGAAGACGGUCAAACGGGAGGAGUUUUGGAGCAAGAUGAACGAGGAGGAGAAGCUGCGUCAAGAAGAAGAAAAAACCGCUCGUGAACAAGCACACAAGCAGUUCGAAGCGGAUCGACAGCGAAUGGCCUCGGAAAUUCACUCCAAAACAGAAAACUAUCAACCGGAUAAGGUCACAUCGGUGUACAAGCCAACAAAACCGCACGUGGAGAUCAGUUCAUCAGCUCGCGAAGAGUUCUGGAGCAAGAUGAACGAGGAGGAGCAGCGGCGGCAAGCGGAGGAAAAAGAGGCACAGGCCCAGAAGCAGAAGGAAUUCGAGACGGAUCGAAAACGGAUUGCGGAUGAUCUUCACGGGAAGGCUCAAAUUAGUGAUAAGCCCGUGCCAUCUUCGGUGAAUCCAGCUCCAGCUCCCGCCCCCACUCCGAGCGCAGGUCUCGUUGGAAGCAGAAAAGAAUUAUUCAGCUCAAAACCUUCCGGUCCAGUGCUUCCGAAGCCUCAAGUGAAUGGAUCGCCUAAGAAGUGGCCGCCAGUUGGCACGACCUCUCCGCCCCGUGAACCCGUUAACCGACUCACUGAGCCAGAUGAGCCUUCGACGUAUACGCCAAAGCCAAUAGCUUAUGAGCCAGAGCCAAUGGUUUACAAGCCCGAGGCUAUGAAACCUGCCGUCUCUUACGAUGCAUACGAAGAGCCACCAGCAGAGCCAGCUCCACCUACAUUCCUUGCUCCAACCCCGGUCAUUGCUCCACCUCCACCUGAGCCAACUCCAGCUCCAUCGCAUUACGCCUCCCAGUACGAUGCUCCACCGGUUCACGAGUCUUUCGAACCAGCUGUACCUCCAGUUUCAGCUCCUUCCCACUAUGCGUCUCAGUAUGAUGCUCCGCCGGAGCCGAUCGACUCUCACUCAUCGAGCUCUCAACUGCCAGCUCACAUCGCCUCACAGUAUGACAUGCCUCCAGUGAUGCCAGAGGAGCCCGUGUUUGCACCGAAAUCCUCGCCAAUAAAAGUCGCUGCUCCACCAAUUGAUCAGUACGAUUUCCCGCCGGCGGUCGCCGAGCAGAACGCGAUGGCUCUCUGGGACUACCAGGCUGCAGAUGACACGGAGAUCUCAUUUGAUCCUGAUGACAUUAUCACAGAUAUCGAUCAAGUCGAUAGCGGAUGGUGGAAAGGACGUGCGCCCAGCGGCCGCGUAGGCCUUUUUCCCGCUAAUUAUGUGAAGCUGAUUUAAUUUGUCUAGAUAGCCUAACCGUUCUUUUUUACUAAUUUAUUGUGCAAUGUUUUUUUCCCAUUUUAAACUCAACAAUCCGCGGUGCCUCCCAUUCUCCCACUUCCUGUAAUUUAUUAUACCAUUACUUUUUAUGUGCAUUUUCUCCGUAAAUGGCAAUAUGAAUCGAAAAUCGAAGAA